CUUCAGAACAAAAAUUUAUGAAAAAAACGUUCUUCUUUGUUCCACAUCCAUCAAAAAUUGCGCUCCAUCACUUUCGAAAUUCUUGUCGUCGAAAAUCGAAAACAGUGAACGACACGAGGACUUGUGUCGAGCAACACACAAUUCCACAAAAUAUUUCCAUGUUGACUGCUCCAUCACCGUUAUCAUCGAUCAAUCGCCUUGAUUUGUUCUGUUCAACAGUACUAGUGCUAUUGCAUCCUGGCGGAGUGCAACAAACGAAAUAGAAUGGCGAAUGCCGUACGGAACAAUGGCAAUGAAGAUGGUUCGGGAGAAACGAGCCAAGGCGACAUUUUCCAUCGGCAACCACAACGAUUGGAACACCCGGAAAUAGGCGACCGAAAAGUCGGAGCAAGGCCGCAACCGAAAACGCKCAAGAAAACCGCCGGCCGGGCAAAGAACCGGCUCUGGUCGAUCCGCCGCGAUGCGCAGGCGGUGGAGGACCUCCGCCGCCUCCAUCUGGUGGCCCCACCAGACGGAAGCAACGCCGCCGACCACACCGGAGGCCUGGUCUCCCACGCGCUCCGGAACUGGAGCACCGUGGCCAACGAGCGGUGCGGGUCCUGGUACGUCCCCCCUCUUUCUCCACUCGGCGGAAGCGACGACGACGACAACGACGACGACGACCCCCCAUCCCGCUACAGAUACCAUUCGCCGCGGUCCUGCUACUUCAAGAGCACGGACGGUCACGCGAACGUCUGGGACUUUAGCCUGAAGCGCCUCAACCUGGAGCUCCUGGAGCACACCGCGGGAGUCGGCGACGGCGGCUGCGUCCUGGUGGACUCGUCGGUCCGCAAGGUCCUGCCCGACUCCUUUUCUCGGACCAUCCCCAUCUGGGCGGCCGUCCUCAACCGAAUCGCCCAGCGCUUCCGUGCCCAGGCCGCCGGCGGCACCACCGCUGCCCGCUGGGACACAAACCUCUAUACCCCGAGGGGCGUCGUCUCGGCCACGGAACACGCCGCCAUGUCGGCGCUGAUCGAGGAACGGGCCGACACGCUUUUCCGGAGCGGGGCGAUCGUCAACCCCUCCCGGCUGGUCGAGCUCCUGGAAAAGCCGCUGAAAGUGGCGUGGAUGGACCGAGGGGGGAACCUCUAUCCACCCAAUCCCAAUGCCGGCGGCGUUGGCGAUCGGGGUGGCCCCACCGACGAAGAGUCCCCAACGAGGGAUUCCUUUGUCAUUCUCUGCUACAAUCCCUCGCGGUACGUGCUCGUGGAGACACCGACUGGUUUCGGGCAGGGGUCCACGGAGGAGCCGAUCAAGGUCGACAAGCACCACCAGGAAGUGGUUUCCCCCGGCGACGGAAGCGACGGCGACGGCGGCAAAGCUCCGGCCCCGUACUACUACACCCCCGGCGCGGCCGACGACCACGAGUCCUGGGCACGAAAGCUCACCCCGGCCCUGUUCUGGAGGAACCAGAGCAGCCUCCUGGACCCGGGACUCGACGAGGACGGGGUCGACGCGGCGAUCGAUCGUCUGGUGCAGAAGGCGGGGGAAGAGGAAGCGGACGCCCGGCCGGAUUCGGACGCAGCGGCGCGGUCCUACAGCAACAAGAUCGGCACCACCGACCUCUGGAUCGGCAGCCGCCGUGCCGGAAAGCCCCCCGGCUGCUGGGAGGCCUUUGACGCGGUCCUCAACGUGACCAACCAGGAGUACGGCGGCCUCGCCGGCGGCGGGGGCUGGUACCUCCGGCUCCCGGUCGAGGAGGGGAAGCGGGACCGGACCGAGCUGGAGCGGUGGAUGCCGGUGGGCCUGGCCUUUCUGGUCCACCACCUGCAGAGAGAAAGGAGGGUCCUGGUCCACUGCGCCCAGGGGAGGGACCGGUCCGUGGCCGUCGCGCUGGUCUUUGCCGUCCUGGCCUGCCCACUGCGGUUCCCGCUGUCCCUGCGGGACGGGUUUGCCACCAGGGAGGGGGCCUGGGACCUGUCCGGGCUGCUCGGCGAGGCCCCUGGCGUGGGCGAGGAAGACGGGGCCGGGAAAGACGACCCAGAAGAGAAGGGAACCCCAACGACGCAUCUGUCCUCGGGACUCCCGGAGGCAAUCGUAAGCAGGCUUCUGGAACCCGACGGGAGGGAAGCCUUCCUGCUGUGGGUCCACAAGCAACUCGAUGGCAGCGGUGGCGGCGGUGCCACCACCGGCGCUAGCAGUAACCCCAAACGCCUCGCGGACAAGGAGAGCAUCCGUAUCGCGCUCCACCUGAUCCGGCAGGACCGGGACGUUGCCGAACCGACCCGAUCCACGAUGCAAAAAAUCAACCGCUUUCUCAUGAGCUCCCCGAUCUACCGGUGACACCCAUCCGGAGAACGGAGGCAGCCGCCGGACCCCCAAGACCUUUUUUUGCCGGCUUGCUCGUUUGGAGCCACCACGGUCACACGGUCUCUUUGCCGAGGCCAACUCGCGUCGAUCGAUGGGCGAGUGCCAUCCGGAGCGGCCUGCGGAGAACUCUUCUGCGUUUCCGUCACAAGAGCCGAUGCACUCGAAAGAGUUUGAAAUGAUUCUUCUUCUGUAAUCAAAACGGUAUAGGAAG